ACUCAACGUUCGAUCGACUUCGGCUCGCGGUGAUGAAGCGGGCGCUGUAUGCCAUCGUGGCGCUUCUAUUGCUCCCCGUGAUCGCAGUAUGGUCGGGCGUUAGUUGGAUCCUUGGGCAGUCCGGUCGAUUCGCCGCCUUGGUCGCCUUGGUUAUCGUCUUGACUCUCGCUGGGCUCUGCAUUUUCCGCGACAGCAUCGCGAUCUACGACCUUCCCGCCGCGUUUGCGCUCGUGCUGCUCCUUCUCACGACUUCAUUCGUGCCCAAGUCCUUUCUCUUCCACGUGACUCUCGUCGUGGCUUUCCUCUCGUACGCCAUCGCACGUCACCAGUACAGCUUUGCUUCGUCGUCCACUGCAACGUUGGUUGCGUUGACCGCGUGCAGCUGCGCCGGAGUCGUGUGGACGUUUGUGUGUGCCAACUCCCUCUGGAUUCCCGCGAAUGCCGACGCCCUCCAUCACACCGAGACCGCCGUGUACAAGUCGACCCUCAAGUCCGCUCCAUUCCACAUGACGAUCGUCGCGGGACUAGGCACCGUCCACGUGCCUUACGCAGGUCCUUCCAAGGCGCCGCCGUCAAAUGUCGUGUUGAUCCAUGGGUUUGCAGGCGGCAACGCCCUCUGGGCCGCCAGCUUGGCCCAUUUAGCCCAGCACUUCAACGUCUAUGCCGUCGAAUGGCUCGGCGUGGGGCGAUCGCACCGCCCUCGCACGUCGUUCAAGACCUACGAAGAAGCCGACGCGUUUUUCGUCCAAAGCUUGGAAUUGUGGCGCAGUGCCAUGCAAUUCGACUCGAUGGUCCUUUGUGGUCACUCCAUGGGGGGAAUGUUUGUCACGCAUUACGCGCUCUUGUUCCCACAGCGCGUGGAGCAAUUGGUGCUGAUUUCGCCGUGUGGGUUGCCAGACGUCGAGCACGACCCGCACUGGCUCAUCGACUGGCUGUGGAAACUCCAGCUUACGCCCAUGGACUUGGUGCGCAGUGCUGGGCCGCUGGGCCCCCGGCUCAUGCGGUUCAUCCUCACGGCGCGCCUGUCGAGGCAGCCCGAUUCGAACGCGAUCAAGCGCGGGGUGCUGGAUAUGGACCUCAUGGUUGCGUACAACUACCACAACUGGGCGGGGUCGCGGUCGGGGGAGGUGGCCAUGUACACGCACUUGCUGCCGCGCGCGUACGCAAAACGGCCGUUGAAGCACAUGCUCGUACCGUCCAAGCUCCAGAUGCCGAUUUCGUUCAUUUAUGGCGAAGACGGAAAUGACUGGAUGAACUCGAGCCACGCUGCCAAGGUAUACAAACUAUCCCUGCAAGAAAGAUAUAUAUAUAUAUAUAUGGCCUUGAAUAUUGGAGUAUAAUUAUUAUUUUAUAGUAUUAUUUCGAUUUGAUUUGUUUGUGUAGGUGAUACCGGGACUGACCCAGCACACGGUGCUGCAUAAAGUGGCUUCUGCUGGGCACCAAGUGUUUAUGGACAACCCCGAAGGCUUUAACGACGCGCUUAUCUCGUCCAUUUACGCUGCCACGUCAUCCUCCUUUGCCAACUGAUGUACUAGUAUACUAUUAAUAGUGACAUACUAUUGGGAGGUUACUAGUACAUACUAGUAUUCCGUCAAGACAAACAUACACCUUCAC